UUCACAAACACAUCAAAAACCCCAAAGAGAGAAAAAGAGAGUGAAAAAAUGGGUUUUGAAAUGAGGGUAUGUGCUUGGAUUGCAAUGACCAUUUUGGUCAUUUGCCUCUGUCCAUGUCUCUGUUUGGAAGAAACUAAUGGAGGAAUUUGCAACUUAUAUGAAGGGAGUUGGGUUUAUGAUGAAUCAUAUCCUCUUUAUGAUUCUUCAACAUGUCCUCAUAUUCGUGGAGAAUAUGAUUGCUUGAAAUAUGGUCGUGUUGAUAAAGAAUAUCUCAAAUAUAGAUGGCAACCAAGCAAUUGUAACUUAACAAGAUUUGAUGGAAAAAGUUUCUUGACAAAAUUCAAGGGAAAACAAAUCAUGUUUGUAGGAGAUUCAGUGAGUCUUAACCAAUGGCAAUCAUUAAUAUGCUUGCUUCAUUCCAGUGUACCUCAAGCUACAGUAAUACAAGAAGGUGGUGAUCCUAUAAAAAACUACACAUUCCAAGACUAUGAAGUUUCAAUUAGUGUCUUCCAUACUACAUAUUUGGUUGACAUUGAAGUGGAAAAAAUUGGACGAGUAUUGAAACUUGAUUCCAUUAAGAAUGGAAAUUUAUGGAAAAAUAUGGAUGUUUUGGUUUUCAACACUUGGCUUUGGUGGUACCGCAGAGGACCCAAACAACCAUGGGAUUAUAUUCAAAUAGGUGACAAAAUAGUGAAAGACAUGGAUCGCAUGGAAGCUUUUAGAACUGGUUUAACAACUUGGGCUAAUUGGGUUGACACUGAAGUUGAUACAAACAAAACUAAAGUUCUUUUCCAAGGAAUUUCACCUAUGCAUUACAAUGGGACACAAUGGCAAGAACCAGGAGUGACAAAUUGUGCAAAAGAGACAACACCAAUAAAUGGAUCAUCAUCGUUACUUGGAUUGCCACCAGCAUCAUAUGUAUUGCAAAGUGUGUUACAAAAUGUAACCAAAUAUGUUCAACUUUUCAACAUUACAGCUCUCUCAGAAUUAAGAAAAGAUGGACAUCCUAGUUCUCAUAAUAUCUUCCAUGGGAUGGAUUGUACUCAUUGGUGUGUAGGUGGGGUUCCAGAUACUUGGAAUGAGAUUUUAUAUGCAUCAAUUGUGAAUUAGAAUUAAGUGAUUACAAUAAUUUAUGUGGAUGUAGUUACAUUUUGAAUAAACAAUUAGAAA